UUCUCUUUCUCUCUCUCUCCCCCCAUCCUCACCCAGGGCACCUGAGCAAUUUGGGCAAAGGGUGGCGAGAGAAAGCAGGUGAGGCAAUGGGGAGCCCUGAAGAUGACCUGAUUGGCAUACCUUUCCCAGAACACAGCAGUGAAUUACUGGGCCGCCUGAAUGAGCAGCGUCGGCGAGGGAUGCUCUGCGACGUCACCUUACGCGCCCAGGGCUCCGAGUAUAAGAGUCACCGGGCGGUAUUGGCGGCCUGCAGCCUCUACUUCCAAAGGCUCUUCGCCGGCCCCAGCAUGGCCGUGUGCGAGCUGGAUUUCGUGGAGGCGGAAGCCUUGGGAGCCCUGCUGGACUUCGCCUACACCGCCACCCUGACCAUCAGCACGGGAAGCCUCGGCGAGGUGCUGCGCGCCGCGCGGAUCCUGGAGAUACCCUGCGUCAUCGCGGCGUGCAUGGAGAUCCUGCAAGGGAAUGGUUUGGAGGCCCCCGUGCCGGAUGUCGCCGCUCGGGAACGCGCCCGGCGUUACCUGGAAGCUUUCGGCACGCUGCCCAACAUGGAAGGCGACUUGCCUGAGCCUCCCGCACGCCCAGCUGCCCGCCGGAGUAAGAAAACACGCAAGUUCUUGCAAGCCAGAGGUUCGCAGCUAAACAACCACAUCACGGAGAUUUCUCCUUCGUUGUCUCCAUCCUCAACAGGGACUCAGGAGCGCCCCAGUCCACCCAACCAGGCGUCACCUGUCCCCGUGUUGGGCCACCCUCGUGAGGAGGACGAGGAGGUGAUGGCCCCCUCUCGUACCUUCCCCUUCCCGUACAAUCUCUCCCCAGAAGAUCUGGGUUCAGAGGACGAGCCCACGGAGCAGGACAUCCUAACCUACAUGCGUCGGCUAAACCAGGAAGGGCUGUCUGUGGGUCUCGAUCCCCCAGACAAGCUGGUACGCAAACGGCGUUCGCAGAUGCCCCAGGAGUGUCCUGUCUGUCACAAGAUCAUCCAUGGGGCAGGCAAGCUACCUCGUCACAUGCGGACCCACACCGGGGAGAAGCCAUUCGCCUGUGACGUGUGUGGCGUCCGUUUUACCAGGAAUGACAAACUCAAGAUCCACAUGCGCAAACACACCGGCGAGCGCCCUUAUUCGUGUCCCCACUGCACAGCUCGCUUCCUUCACAGCUACGAUCUGAAAAACCACCUUCACUUGCACACGGGCGCCCGCCCCUAUGAGUGCUGCCUUUGCCACAAAGCCUUCGCCAAGGAGGACCAUCUCCAGCGCCACCUGAAAGGCCAGAACUGUCUGGAAGUCCGGACCAGGCGCCGGCGGAGGGGUCCCGAUCCGGAGACCGAUUCCCUGGCACCUUCUGGCAUUGCCUUGUCCUCCGCUCAAUUUGGCUUGACCAACGGGCGCGUGGAGGAGCAACACAACUACUGGCCUGCUGGGGCGGACGCCAGGUCACCUGCCCCCAAAGAGGAAGAGGAGGAGGAAGAGGAAGAAGGAGCCGUAGAGGGGGUGCAGCAGGAUGGCCCAACGGCAGCUGUCCAAACGGCGUAACGUCCUCGGAUGGCCAUCGCCGCAAAACUCGUUUGUGCACUAUCUCUAUUCAUUCGCUCGACUAGACCGUCGGUGGCGAGAUGAUAUAGCAUUCCCCGGACAUUUUCACGGAGACCAAAUGCACUAGCCCCCCCCCCCCUUCCCCACUCUCCCAAUUCCAUGCCUUAAGCAGCCUAUCAAGCCAAGGAGAGUGGGGCCAGGUGGACGGUGGGCAUCAGGGGACAAUCGGUGCAUGUUUGCUCAGGGUGUCUGAAAUAAGCAUAUAUUUGCAGGGAGGGAAGUAUAGUCAGAUUUUGCUUCCCCAGACGCUGAAAAACAAAUGGGUUGUGGGGCAGGGAGGAGCAGCACUUGGGGUGGGGGGCUAUUUGGGGUGGGGGGAAUUGCUUCUCAUUAGGAAGGAGAAAAAGAGUGAGAAUGGGGGUGAUUUCUUCUUUCCCGUCUCUGUUAAGGAUAUCAUUUUAGAAUCAGGAAGGGAGAGGAGGCACAAACGAGAUUCCUUUUCCUGUUCAGGGUGCAGAAAUUCAAUUCUAAACAAAUUGUCUUGCUCAGAGGACAGAGAAUCCACUUGGGUGACAUGUCAGGGCUCAAUUGCUGCAUUUUGGGUCCCCCCUCCCCAUUUCAGGAAGUUAAAAAGAAUAAAAUAUCCUCUCCCCCCCCCCCAGAUCAUUCCGAACGGGCUCUCUGCAGAGCAGGGGGCCUGACCUGGCCUCCUUUCUCCCGGUCCCCUCAUCCACAAACUUGCUGAAUAAGGGAGAUAGGAGUGGUAUCCUUGUGUCCCCCCCCCCCAGGCAUCUUGCAGAUGGUCCUUGACUUAUAGGAAUUCAUUUAGUGACUGUUUCAAGUUACAACAGCACUGAAAAAAAUGACUUUUUUCACACAUACAGCAUCCCUGUUGGUUCGUGUGAUCAAAAUUCAGAUGCUUGGUUCAUAUUUACGACGGUCGCAAUGUCCUGGGGGUGGUGGUGGUCACGUGAUCCCCUUUUGCGACGGUCGGACAAGUAAAAUCACAGGGAGGGACAGCUUCACUUAACAAGUCUGCUGCGAACUUAGCAACUGCAGUGAUUCACUUAACAAGAACGGUCGUAAAACGGGGGGGAAACUCCCUUAAACAUCUGUCUCGCUUAGCGACAGGCAUUUUGAUCACAAGUCGAGGACUAUCUGUAAUCCCUUAAGCUUGGGCCGGGCCUGCUGCAUCCAGUCGGGCGUGCGGACCAAGCCCAGAGAUUUCACAAUGUAUUUGGUCGGGAGAUUCCUUCCCCCAGUUUGCAAAAUGGGAUUCCUUCCAUCACAAUUUGGACCAAUCUCUGCACAGCUUUCGUUUUUUUUAAUCCCCUGGCCUGAGCUUGGCUGCCCCCUGGUGGCUGUUUUACACAGUGCAGGGGGAUGUUCUCUGCACACUCGCUCCGAUCCUUUAUACGGCUUUGCCCCCUCCCCAGAAAUGUCCUGCGAGAAACCCCCCACCUCACCCACCUUUCUGCAUCGCGCCCCACAGCUUCUUCCAAAAAACGAUUAGCACCUAAAUACGGGAGGGGGGAAAAGCUUCCCACUGUAAUCCCAUCAUCUCUCCCCCCCCCUUGCUCAAGCCUUCCCUCCCCUCCUCCUCAACCAAAGGUACCCCCCCGAGGUCGUUUGCACAAAACGGAUAAUUUUUUUAAUUGUAUUUUUUUAAAAGAAAGGAAUGACCCCCCCCUCCCCCCGAGAACUCUUCUGCAUCCUUUCCCCUUGAAUUUCCUGACUCGAUUGCACUAAGGUACGCCUUCAACGGUGAGAAGAUGUCUUUUUUUGCACACUUAUUAUUUUUUCCCCCCAUUUUUCCUGAAGACUGAGAGAUAAAAUUAGGGAGGGGUCUGCGCGCACGCUGUGAAAAACCACAGGAAGCUCCCGCCCUCCAGAAGUAUUUGUUGAGUUAAUCUGUAUUUAAAAGAGAUAAUAUAUUUUAUCCCGCUCUGUUUCCCUCCCCCUUCAAUCCCCACCUUCCCCCCCCACCCCAAUUCCAGGAAAAAGAGGAAAUAACUGAAAUUUUCCUUAGCCUUAAAAAGUGCCUUUGUGUUUAAACUUGAAUUUGCUACUUGAAACCCAAGAAGGGAGGAAGAGAGAGAGAGAGAGAGAGAGAGAGAAAGCAGGUUCCCUAUUAUUUUAUGUAACGUUUCCUGUCUUAUUUCCUCGGUUUCCCCGUUGGGAGAUUUUUUUUUUACCGUCUGUUGAGUAAAACUCACCAGUGUCCUACCUGGCAGGGCUAGCGUUAGUCAAAGGAGGGAGGGGGUAAAAAGAAGCAUAUUUACUUGGACUGUUUGGGAAAAGGGGACGGUUCCUGCUUCGGUUUUAUUUUAUUUUUUUAAAAGGAUUGUUAUUGUUGUUUGUGUGCUGGAAUUCAAGGGGAUUAUUUUUUUGUGUGUGUGUCUGUGCCGAGGGCUUGAUAAUAAAACGGACAGCAGGGAAACCUUGUGGCGCGCA